AUGGCUCAUCUGGUGCUGUCAUUAGUUGCAGUGAUGAUGUGUCUUGUCAGCGGAGGACUGAGCGCUCGGAACUGGGCCUUAGUUGGUACUUAUCAUCAUCCGCGAAUCGAUCGGGAUGAGGCCUUCUGUCUACUUGGCACUCACGACGCAUCCAGAAUCAGGUAUAUCUUUUCCAAUAUGCACCGAUACGACUUUGAACAUUGCCUGUGGCAGCUGAAAGUAGGCGUAGCUGUAAAUUCAGUACAAUUUGUUGUGGCAGCUAUAGAAGUGUUUCUCAACAUUCUUUCUGCUAUUCUGUGUAUGAAACGAACGUGUACGUCGUGUGUCUGA